GGAGCCCCGGCCAUGCCCCUGGCUGUGCCCUCAGCCCCCCAGCACCCCCCCCAGCGCUGGCUGGCCCAGAGCAGGGGGUCCCCGAGGCUGGUGCUGGUGGUGGUGUUCGUGGCACUGCUGCUGGACAACAUGCUGCUGACCGUCGUGGUGCCCAUCGUCCCCACCUUCCUCUACACCACCGAGUACGAAGGUGCCAACAGCUCCGUGGUCACAGCCCAGCCCGAGCCAGCUCCUCCAGCCCUGAAGGCUCCUCCUUUCUCCUCCUUGUUCUCCUACUUUGGCAACACCACGGUGCCUGUCCGGGGCUCUGACAGCCCCCCAGAGGUGCCCAGUGGGACGGAGAGCAGCCUCCCAGCACGGCCCCCCAGCAGCCCCCCAGCACCCUCGAGGGGCUGCCCGGAGGGGGACGACUUCCUCACCAGGGAGAACGUCCGUGUGGGGCUGCUCUUUGCCUCCAAGGCUCUGGUCCAGCUGCUGGUCAACCCCUGCGUGGGCCUCCUGACCAACAGGAUAGGAUACCACAUCCCCAUGUUCGUGGGGUUCUCCAUCAUGUUCCUCUCCACAGUCAUGUUUGCUUUCUCAGGCACCUACACCCUGCUGUUCAUCGCCCGGGCCCUCCAAGGCGUGGGCUCCUCCUUCUCGUCAGUGGCAGGGCUGGGAAUGCUGGCCAGCGUGUACACAGACGACUCUGAGAGGGGCAGUGCCAUGGGCAUCGCCCUGGGAGGCCUGGCCUUGGGCGUGCUGAUCGGGGCGCCCUUCGGGAGCGUCAUGUACGAAUUCGCGGGGAAAUCCUCUCCCUUCCUGGUGCUGGCAUUCCUUGCCCUCUUGGAUGGAGCCCUGCAGCUGUGCAUCCUGCAGCCCUCCAGGAUCUGCCCGGAGAGCACCAAGGCCACCCCAAUGUCCACCCUGCUGCGGGACCCCUACAUCCUGGUGGCUGCAGGAGCCCUCUGCUUCUCCAACAUGGGGGUGGCCAUGCUGGAGCCCACCCUGCCCAUCUGGAUGAUGCAGACCAUGUGCUCCCCGCAGUGGCAGCUCGGGAUGGCGUUCCUCCCCGCCAGCAUAUCCUACCUCGUGGGCACCAACCUCUUCGGGAUCCUGGCCAACAGGAUGGGGCGGUGGCUGUGCUCCAUGAUCGGGAUGGCUGUGGUGGGAGUCAGCCUCCUCUGUGUGAGUACCUGAGGGGCAAUCCAAGGCCUCUCCAGAGGACAAUCAGCGGGGACUGAGCCGGGCUCCGGAAUGGUGGACUCCUCCAUGAUGCCCAUCAUGGGUUACCUGGUGGACCUGCGCCACACCUCCGUCUACGGCACCGUCUACGCCAUCGCUGACGUGGCCUUUUGCAUGGGCUUUGCCGUUGGUCCCUCCACGGCUGGGGCGAUCGUCGGAGCCAUCGGCUUCCCCUGGCUGAUGGUCAUCAUCGGGGUGACCAACCUGGCCUACGCCCCGCUCUGCUGGUGCCUGCGCAGCCCCCCCGCCAAGGAGGAGAAGAUGGCAAUCCUGAGCCAGGAGUGCCCCAUGCAACCCAAAAGCUACACCGGGCAGAAACCCCUGCGGGAAUUCCCUCUCUCGGAGGACAGUGACGUGGAGGAGGAAAAUGUGGAAUAGCCAGUGCAAGGAUGUGUGCCCUGCUUUAAAACCAAUAUUACGGUUACAAACACAGAUUCUACGAGCAGUGGAUGUAUCAGCCUGUCCUGGAGAACAGCUUUGUCCCAGGCACAGCCUGCCCGUGCCAGAGGAGAACAUCAACAUCUCUCCCACUGUCCCGGGGCUUUGUGAAUGUCUUUAAAGCACUGACUGUUCCUGAAAGAAAAUGGAGGGGGAAAAAAGAAAAUGAAAUCAGCUCUGGGAGAUUUCUCUUCUCCAGAUCCUCCUCUAAACCCCAGGAUGAAGCUGUUCUGUAACAACAGGGCACAAUCCAUCUGUGCCACCGCCCCUAAAGAUGUCACUGUAAUGUCACUGCUCCACGGUCCUCUGGAGACACUAAAAAAAACAUCCAUUUCCUUUUGCUGUAGCUUGAUGUGUCGUGCUGUGUCCGUGCUGCUCAGAGCUGCCUGUGUGUCCUUCCUGAUGUACAUUAAACG